AUGGGCGAACGCAAGUUGUCUGGUCUGAAGAGAAUGCUGCUCGAGAAGACAAUUGAUGUUGCAAGAUUUGACCGAAUUAUUAUCUGUCUCGGCACCAAUGAUUUACUUGAGCGAUCGGCAAUGGCUAUGAUAGCCAUUGUCGAAGAGAUUGUUAUCUUAUUACGUGAUGCAAACACAAUGAUUGAUAUUUUAUUUUGUGAAAUUGGGUCGAGACGUUUUCGCGGUAACCAUAAAUUUCCGCCAGAUGAUGAUCAUACGCUCGAGAGGAUUCUGGCAUACAAUAGUUUGCUGGCUAACGUUUGUGGUUGUGGUGUAGUCAAGUUGAGCUACACAUUGUCAGACUCUAUCGAUGGUCUUCAUCCUGGGCCGAUUGGUUUGUCAACGGUUGUGCGCAUUUUGAAAGCUUAUUUUGAUUGA